AUGCCGAAAGUGCUGGCCAGUUUUCGAGGCACCGUCCAACAAGGCCUUCCGCUGGAAAUUGGCGACACAGUGCAGAUCCUUGAAAAAUGUGAAGGCUGGUAUCGAGGAUUCAUCUUGAAGAAUCCAAACGUCAAGGGUAUUUUCCCAUCCAGCUACAUCCACUUGAAGAAUGCCCACGUCAAGAACAAAGGGCAAUUCGAAACCGUAAUCCCCGUGGAGGACUCUGUCAUCACCGAGAUGACUUCCACGUUGCGAGACUGGGGCGCCAUGUGGAAGCGACUCUAUGUGAAGAACGAGGGGGAUUUAUUCCACCGGCUUUGGCAUGUGAUGAAUGAAAUCUUGGACUUGAGACGGCAGGUGCUGGUGGGCCACCUCACCCACGACCGCAUGAGGGACGUCAAACAGCAUAUCACGGCGCGAUUGGACUGGGGUAACGAGCAACUUGGUUUGGAUCUCGUCCCGAGACAGGAAUUUAGCAUGGUGGACCCGGACGAAAUUAGCGUGACAGAGCUCUACAGGCUGAUGGAGCACCGGCAUCGCAAAAAGGAGACGCCGACACCGGCCAGCACCCAUCACUUGUUUGUCCACGUCAAGAGUCUGAUGAGCGCCAAUUUGGGGGAGGAGCUUGAAGUCUUCUUUCAUAUAUAUGACGGGCGGGAGAACCGACCACUUAGUGAAAGGUUCUUUGUGAGGCUCAAUAAGAGCGGCUUGCCAAAGUCGCCGGAGAAGACGGAGCGACAGUGCACACUGUUUGUGGAUCUGGGGAGCAGCGAUUUACGAAAAGACGUCUACAUUGUCGUGCACAUCAUAAGAAUAGGGAGAAUGGGCGCAGGAGAGAAGAAAAACCAGUGUUCAGUUCAAUACCGCCGUCCUUUCGGCUGCGCUGUCGUUAGCAUCGCCGAUCUGCUCACGGCAGACUCCAAGGACGACCACCUGCUCAAGGUUUACGCGUGCAACACAGAAAGCGAGUGGUACCAAAUCCAUGAGAACAUCAUCAAAAAGGCUAAUUCCAGAUACAACCUAUCAGGAUCGAACACAGGUCUCGCAGUGGCUCUCCAACUCCUCCACGGAGAUAUCGAUCAACUAAGACGUGAAUACAUGGUGCUGUUCACUCGUGGCGUUUGCAUCACGAGAAAACUGGGCUUCUCUGAUGUCAUCAUGCCAGGAGAGAUGAGGAACGACCUUUACAUCAUGCUGGAGAAAGGAGAAUUUGAAAAGGGUGGGAAAAGUGUUGCGAGGAACGUGGAGAUCACCAUUUACGUGUUGGACAUUGACGGACAAAUCCUCAAGAGUCACGUGGCCGCCGGCUCUGGCGAACCCGGCGCGGACGAGUACCACUCCUUGGUGUUGUACCAUAACAACAGUCCGCGGUGGGCGGAGCAGAUCAAGCUGCCUAUCCCUGUGGACAUGUUUCGGGGAUCCCACGUUCGCUUUGAGUUUCGACAUUGCUCCACUAAAGAGAAGGGAGAGAAGAAGCUGUUCGGCUACUCCUUUGUGCCACUGAUGCAGGAGGAUGGAAGGACUCUGCCAGAUGGCACCCAUGAGCUUAUUAUUCACAAGUGCGAGGAGAACACCAGCUUGGCAGACUGCUCACGCUAUCUUAAGCUGCCUUUUUCCAAGGCUAACAUCCCAUCCAACAACCAGACGCUGAAAGGGACCAAGGAGUCUUUCUGGAUUACUAGCUUCCUCUGCUCUACCAAGCUCACACAAAACGGCGAUAUGCUGGACCUGUUGAAGUGGCGAGCACACCCUGAGCGGAUCAACGAAAGCCUCUCCAAGCUGAAGGAGAUCGACGGCUCAGAGAUUGUUAAAUUUCUCCAAGACACUUUGGAUACACUUUUUGGGAUUCUGGACGAGAGCUCGCAGAGAUUCGGGCUGAAGGUGUUCGAUUCGCUGGUCCACAUCAUCAACCUUCUUCAAGACAGCAAAUUUCAGCACUUCAAGCCAGUCAUGGACACCUACAUCGAAAGCCACUUUGCAGGCGCUCUGUCAUACAGGGACCUAAUCAAAGUUCUGAAGUGGUACGUGGACCGCAUUGUGGAUGCCGAUCAUCAAGAACAUAUUCAGCAGGUGCUCAAGGCUAGCGAGUAUAUCUUCAAGUACAUUAUCCAAUCCCGCCGCCUCUUCUCCUUGGCAACGGGAGGCCAGAAUGAGGAGGAGUUCCGCGUGUGCAUCCACGAGCUCUUCAUGUCCAUCCGCUUUUUCCUCUCGCAGGAAAACAAAGGCACCAGUCCGGUGGCGCAAACACAGGCGGUGUUCCUUCGAACUUUCCCAGCGGUUUACGGCGAGCUACUCAAGAUUUUUACGGUGCGCGAGGUAGCGGGGUUCGUCCGGGAGACGUUGGGCAGCUUGCCCGCCAUCGUCCCUGCCGACUGUCCCUUAGAGGCCGUCAAGCUACAGUGCCUCGCCAAGACGGUGGAAAGCCAGUUGUACAUUAACCCAGAAUCGAGGUGCAUUCUGUUGCCAGUGGUGCUGCGGAUCCUGCACGCUCACAUGCAGGAGCAGAGAGACCUUGUCAUGUGCGCGCGAAUCCUGACUAGCAUGUUGUCGCUCAUCAAGAAAGAGGAGAACGGCACUUCGGAACCGGUGGUCUCGGAAGAAGUGGACCUGAUAGUGGAAAGCCUCCUAGGAGUGCUUCUUCGAACCAUCCUGGAAAUCAGCAACCGGCCGCAGCCCGCCGGGCCCACCAUGAGACUUCAAUUCCAGGACGUGACUGGGGAGUUUGUGGCGUGUUUGUUGGCGCUCCUGCGACAGAUGAGUGACAGACACUACCAGCAGCUUCUUCAAGCCUUUGGCAGCAAAGACGACUUGAGGGACUUCCUCCUGCAGAUUUUCACCGUUUUCCGAAUCCUCAUCCGACCUGAAAUGUUCCCGAAAGACUGGACCGUCAUGCGACUUGUCACCAACAACGUCAUUAUCACCACCGUCCUUUACCUCUCUGAUGCCCUGAGGAAAAACUUUCUCAAUGAUAAGUUUGACUACAAGGUGUGGGAUUCCUACUUCUACCUGUCAGUAUUGUUUAUUAACCAGCCCUGCCUUCAACUGGAGUCGUUCUCACCAUCAAAGAGGAAGAAAAUUUUGGAAAAGUACGGAGACAUGAGGGUGAUGAUGGGCUGUGAGAUCUUCAGCAUGUGGCAGAACUUAGGAGAACACAAGUUGAACUUCAUCCCGGCGAUGAUCGGUCCAUUUCUGGAGGUCACGCUAGUCCCGCAGCCGGACUUGAGGAACGUCAUGAUCCCUAUCUUUCACGACAUGAUGGACUGGGAGCAGAGGCGUAGCGGGAAUUUUAAACAGGUCGAGGCAAAACUCAUCGACAAGUUGGAUAGUCUGAUGUCGGAAGGAAAAGGAGAUGAAACGUACAGGGAGCUCUUCAACAGCAUUCUGUUGAAGAAAAUCGAGCGAGAGACGUGGCGGGAAAGCGGGAUCUCGCUUAUAGCGACCGUCACCCGGUUAAUGGAGAGGCUAUUGGACUACAGGGACUGCAUGAAGCUCGGAGAAGUAGACGGCAAGAAAAUUGGAUGCACCGUUAGUUUGUUGAACUUCUACAAAACGGAGCUAAACAAGGAAGAAAUGUACAUCCGUUACAUCCAUAAGCUGUACGACCUGCAUCUCAAAGCGCAGAACUACACAGAAGCCUCGUACACCCUGCUGCUCUACGACGAGCUCCUGGAGUGGUCGGACAGGCCUCUGCGGGAGUUCCUCAACUACCCCAUGCAGAGCGAGUGGCAGAGGAAGGAGUUCUUGCACCUUACUAUUGUCCAGAACUUUGACAGAGGCAAGUGUUGGGAGAACGGCAUCAUCCUCUGCCGAGAGUUGGCCGACCAAUACGAGUCAUACUAUGACUACAGGAACCUCAGCAAAAUGAGGAUGAUGGAAGCGUCAUUAUACGACAAGAUCAUGGACCAGCAACGUCUUGAGCCAGAAUUCUUCAGAGUGGGAUUCUACGGGAAAAAAUUCCCAUUUUUCUUACGGAACAAGGAGUUUGUGUGCCGGGGCCACGACUACGAGAGGCUGGAGGCCUUCCAGCAGCGGAUGCUCAAUGAAUUCCCGCACGCCAUCGCCAUGCAGCACGUCAACCAGCCGGACCAGACCAUCUACCAGGCGGACGCGCAGUACCUGCAGAUCUACGCGGUAACCCCGAUCCCCGAGAGCCAGGAUGUUCUGCAGCGUGACGGCGUUCCAGACAACAUCAAGAGUUUUUACAAGUUCAAUCACAUCUGGAGGUUCAGAUACGAUCGACCUUUUCACAAGGGCACGAAAGACAAGGAGAACGAGUUCAAGAGCUUGUGGGUGGAGAGGACGACCCUGACGCUGGUCCAGAGUCUCCCCGGCAUUUCGCGGUGGUUCGAGGUGGAUAAACGUGAGCUGGUGGAAGUGAGCCCGCUGGAAAAUGCUAUCGAGGUGAUCGAGAACAAGAACCUGCAGCUGCGCACGCUAAUCACGCAGUGUCAGAGCAGGCAGAUGCAGAACGUCAACCCCCUCACCAUGUGCCUCAACGGGGUCAUCGACGCCGCCGUCAACGGCGGCCUGGCCCGCUACCAAGAGGCCUUUUUUGUGAAGGACUACAUGAUGAAUCACCCUGAGGACGGGGAGAAGAUCGGGCGCCUUAGAGAACUCAUGUUUGAACAGGCACAUAUUUUGGAAUACGGUCUGGCUGUGCAUGAGAAAGUCGUCCCUCAGGACAUGAGGCCUCUACAUAAGAAGCUUGUAGAUCAGUUCCAUUUGAUGAAAUCCAGUCUGGGCAUUCAGGAGUUUCCGGCGUACGUGCGGGCGAGUCCGGUGCACUUCACCAACGGGAGCCCGCGUACUUGCAGGAACUCGGUGCCCAGCAUUAUCAGCCCGGAUGGCAGUCGAGGGGUUGCCAGGCGAAGUCUUCUCAGCUACCCGGCGGUCAACCGCUACUCCUCGUCGUCGCUGUCCUCCCAAGCGUCCAAUGAGGUCAGCAACAUCACCGGUCAGUCGGAAAGCUCGGAUGAAGUUUUCAACAUGCAGCCCAGUCCGUCUACCUCGAGCUUGAGCUCCAACCACUCGGCCUCGCCCAACGUCACCAGCUCGGCGCCCUCUAGUGCCCGAGGUUCACCGCAGAUGGCCGAGAAACACAAGCACUCCAGAGAGAACGCCUGCCUGUCUCCGAGAGAGAGGCCCGUUAGCGCCAUCUUCCCCAACCCACUGGACCCCGCGCAGAGAGCUACUCCUCAUCAGAUAGGUGACACCACUUUACCCCGCAGUGACCCCAACCUUUCGGCUCCAGACAAAGUGGUGCGACCCACGCCCAGUAGCUGGAGCCUGGACAGCGUCAAAGAGGGCAAGCCGUCCUUCUCUGACCCUGUCGGCAAACUACUUUGCCCUCCCAUCCCUCCCAGACCACCAUAUACAGGCUCUUCGGCGAAAAACAUGAGGUCGCAGUCGCCAGUGCUCAUGUCCAGGUCGCCGCAGAAGGCCACCGUGCCCCCGUUUACUCCUUCGCCAACCGAGUGCCAUUCCACCAGCCUGGUCUCCAACUCGCCCGUCCUCUCGGGUAGCUACAGCAGCGGAAUUUCCUCACUCAGCCGUUGCAGCGUCUCCGAGGCGUCGGGCACCGAGCUGCCCGCCGGGGAACAAGCGGCCACCACGCCCAACGCCGCGCCUGACGAGCCGGUGCGACGAGAGAACAAGACGCCGCCGCCUUACAGCGUCUAUGAACGAAACAACCCUCGCAGACCUGUGCCGCUUCCCCACAGUUUAUCCAUCCCCCCACAGACAGAACCCCCCGCCCUACCUCCUAAACCUCACCAGUUGCGUACAGGCAGCAUGAAGCUGGACGGAACCUCGGACCCUCGCAUCCCUAGACCGAGGCCUCUUCCUCGUAAGGUGUCCCAGCUAUAG